CAGAGAGAGAGGCGAGCAGCCCAUGGGUUUGAGUGCCAGCCCAUCGCCCACAGAUGUUAAGCGAUGACGAAGAUGGCUUGGGUGCCGGAGGUGGCCGAAGUCCGUCGCCAGUGCGAGAAAGACGGGAUCGUCAUCAGCGAGAUGACCGAAGAGAUGACCGAAGAGAUGACCGAAGAGAUGAUCGAAGAGAUGAUCGAAGAGGUGACCGAAGGGAUGACCGAAGGGACGACCGAAGAGAUGAUCGAAGAGAUGACGAUCGAGGCCGUGACCGAGGUGGCCUGAACCGGGAGUUCAAGAGGGAUCGCCCGGCGCGGACUACUGGGAGGGAGAUGCCCAAACUCUUCUCCAUUCACAAGGGCACGGUCGCCAGGGUGCAGGAUUACGGUGCCUUUGUACGACUUGGAGAUGGAUCGAGAUAUAAGGACGGCCUACUCCACAUAUCUCGAUUAUCUGCAUCAGGGCGUGUUGAUGCGGUGGGAGAUGUGGUGUCACAAGACGACACUGUUUGGGUCAAGGUGGUAGAAGUCAAAGAGGAAGAAGGGAAAUUCAGUUUGGACAUGAGGUUCGUGGGGCAAAAGGAUGGAGAGGACCAGGACCCAGGAAACCUCCAGGCAGACAGCGGCCGCGGCAAGGGUUCGGGAAAGUCGCAACCAGAUCCCAUCCGCAUCGGAGCCAUCCAGGCGACCACAUGCUCCAAGUGCGGCGCCCGGGGGCACGGCGCCAGAGAGUGCUGGGGCUCUGGGAAGCAAUACGGUUUGGUAGAGGAGCAACCUUCACUGGACAAUCCUGUUAGUAGCCAAGACCUAGAGAAAUUGACACAAGGACAUGAUGCAAAUGUGGUGAAAGCAGCGCUGAAAGCAUACCUGAAGAGGAAAGCUGCUGGAGAGUCAUCCUCUAGCUCAUCGUCCUCCAGCAAAAAGAAAAAGAAAAAGGCCAAAAAGAAGGAAAAGAAGAUUAAGAAGAAGGAAAAGAAGGCUAAGAAGAAAGAGAAGAAGGCGCAAAAGGAGAAGGAGGCAGCCGGAGCUGGCUGAGCCAUGGCAGAUUUCAACUUGCCAGAAGGUCGACAUGCUUUGUAGACGCCGGGCUGGCGCAAGAUGGACAUCGGACAGCAGGGCUCACCCGGCGCUUCUGUACUUUCUGCAACAGGGUCGUGUAAGAUGAGCAGCCCGCGAUAGAAAAAGGCAUUCGCUCGGGCCAGUGCUGAAAGCUUGUCUGGCAGGCAGGACCAACAUGCAUAUGUGAAGAACAGUUUGGCAGGCAUGGGAGAAACAACGC